AUGGACAAGGCCCAGGACAGGGACAGGAAAGGACCCCGUCAGCUCAGUGACAAGUUCCCCCUCAACAGUGCCCCCAACAGGAUCAGGAGAGGAGUGGGUAGGAGGCAGAUCGAUCUCCCGGACGAUGUCCUCACCAGGGCCUGACUGGCCCUGCAGCUCCGACUCACCCUCAUGGCUUGAUGGCUGAGGGUCCUUUGUGUUUCAAAGCGGCAGUAAAACUUGUUGAGCUGGUUAGGUAGAAGGGGGUUAUCUGCUGCAAAAGCGGUCUUUUGUUUGUAAUUUGUGAUCUUCUGAAGACCCCUCCAGACAGACGAGCAGUCGUUAGUGGAGAAUUGUUGUUCUAGCCUCUCCUUGUAUUGUUUUUGGCUGCUUUAAUCCCCUUAUUCAGAUUAUUUCACCACUCUGUAAUGGUCCAUGUUGCCACUCCUAUGUGCCUCUUCCUUGGCAGAGCGUAGGCCUCUCAGCUCUGCAUUGAGCCAGGGUUUUUCAUUGUUGAAUGUGACAAAAGUACUGGUUGGAAUGCAGUUUUCCCCAGACACUGAUGUAAGAUGUUACCCUGCCUGUGUAGUCAUGUAUGUUGAUAUUGUCUUCCUUGAAAAUGUCCCAAUCGGUGGAGUCUAGGCAGUCCUUUAACUCCCGAAUGGCCUCAUUGGCCUAUUUCUUCACUGCUCUAGUCCCAGUUCUACCUGUUAAUCUUGAAACACCCUUGGCCUGCCUGUGCUCCAUCUGGUUGUGUGGGGCUCAGUCUGUGCCUUCCCUGAACCACUGCUCCGUCUCUCUGUGUCCCCAACAGAGAGGGCCUGAGACACCAGCCAGGCAGCCACAUAGCCCAGAUACGCUCCAUAACAAUAACACAGCUCGUUAUCUGCAGUGUCCUAGUUCUCAGUACAGCACUUUGUCUGUAUGCAACACAACCUGUCCUUAUUUAUCCUCUAUAGGAUUUUAUACACAAAAGGUCCCUUCUCACAGAACUUUGCUUUUUCAGAAGCGUUACUUGGAGACUUAGAGAGGGCAUAGUGGGAAAGGAUUUAUUUUCAGGGCGUAACAUGGCAAUUAACCUAAUGAAACCUGGCUGUCUUUUCUCAGUAGCAUAUUAAGUAAUAACUUUGGUGCUCAUAUCAGCUUGUCAAGAAUGUGCCCACACAUGACAUUUGACAGCCAUUCCCACCCAUGAAACCUAUUUUAACUACUGGUAGACUGAUAGUCUGUGCAGACGGCUUAAAGGCCCAGUGCAGUCAAAAACUUGAUUUUACUGUGUUUUAUAUAUAUUUCCACUCUAGUAUGAGGUUGAAAUAAUACUAUGAAAUUGUUUAAAUGAUGAUAAUUCCCUUUUAGUGUAAGGGCUGUUUGAAAAGACGGCCUGAAAUGUCAGCCUGUUUUGGUGGGAUGGAGUUUUGACCUGCCUGGGGACAUUCACCAAUAAGAAAGGGCGUUCCAAACUCUCUGCCAAUAACAGCUCAUUUUCAGUUUUCCCAUCCCCACAUACACCACUCCCAGACAGUCCUAGCAAAAUUCUUGCUUGAGAAAUUGUCCUUUGCUAAGAACCUAUUUUUGUUUCUUUUUGACCAUUUUAAUUAAAAACAAUCACAGUAAUUGUUAUCCAGAAAUUAUUUGAUAUUGAGAUAAAAACGGCUGCAUUGGACCUUUUAAGAUUGAGUACAUAAACCAUCUGAGUGUUGUCUUUAUGUUUGCUAGUACCAUACAGAUAGGGCUAGUGGUGCCUUUGUCAAAGUUACCUAUUACAUCAGCCUUUUCACUCUAAUCCUCGCUGCUCUCUGUGAAUCAGAGGUAGUGAGUGAGUGCCUGGGAGUGUAGGGUGCGCCUCUCCCGUUCCCUCCUCCCUCCCUGUCCGUUCCUCCCCUCAGUGGAGUGAAGUGGAGCACGCUGAACUUGGAGCAGCUAGUGGCUGGUUGCCUGGACUGCAGUAAGGGUGCCUGUUGGAUCUAUCUCCCCUCCCCUCUCUCCCUCUCGAUCGUCUCCCGGAGUCAUGAGCUUCUUCUAGCUGGCCAGGAUGAAAAGUGGGAGGCAUUGUUGUUCCUGUUGUGGUUGGAUUCUAGCUAAGUGUUGCUACUGCUGUUACAAAGUGACAGGUGCGUACCUUACUACUGACUGAAAUACAACUCAAAAGGUAAGUAACAUCCCUGACUGAGGUACAGAUAAAAGCAUUGCUUAACAAUAUUCAAGAUCUUUCCGUGAGCCCUAUGUGUGUUUUUGGGCUCCCGCCACAAGUCCAGGGUUAGGAAUGGAGAUCUUGAAUAUUGUUAAGCAAUACUUUUAUCUGUACAUCAGUCAGGGAUGUUGCUUACCAUUUGACUUGUAUUUGCUACAAACAUUUGUGAGAGAAUGCUUGUAUCUGACUUUGCAUACUGUAGCUGGUUGACGCUAUUAGAAGUCUCUCCUGUUUAAGAUUGCAUUACCUUGCCAGCGUUUACUUGUUUGUGGAUUUUUGGGGGAUUUAUUGUGUAGAAUCUUAGUGGGACAAUGCAGCACUCUAUCACUCGCGUUCAAACAGGAAUCUUUCCUCUCCUUCUAUUCCCUCUCCUUUCCUUUCCUUUGCUGUCAUUUUUCACUAAGGCUUGGUGUCUUCUUGCUGUGUAGCGUGGACAGAGGCAAAGUUUGUCUCUAAUGCUUUUUAAUGUGACCCGAGGUACUCACUCAAACAUUUGUGAGAGAAAGCUUGUAUCUGACUUCACAUACUUCAUAGUAGCUGGCUGACAGCCUGAAGAAUCUAUCCUGUUUAAUAUUGCAUGGCAUUUGCAUUUCCAGUGUUUAAUUGUCUGCUGAUGUUUUAAGGCUUGGUGCUGUAGAGGGGACAGAGGCAAAGUGCCUCUCUGCUGUGCACUAAUGUGACCUUAAGUACUCACUCAUUAUCUAUUAACUCAGGCAGCAUCUCUGGGCUGUGAACGAUAAGAGAGAUAGCUGCUGCAAUGGUGAACACUCAAUGAGAGCUGCACUGGCACCAACUGCUAUUGUAUGCUAUUGUAUCAUUAUGCUGUCUUCAUGCAAGAGGAUGCAGAGAGUCAGAGGGAUUGGGAUGAAGCUGUGUGAAAAAUAGGUACUUUUUUGGAUCAGCACAGUAGGCUCCCAUUCAUACACGUUGAAUGCAUUACUAUGAAUUACAUAACACGUGAGGUGUUCAUUAAUAAGUGUUACAAAUGUCAUGGAUUUUCAUUUUCAACAUUUCUGUCAUGGUAUGUCUCUCAAGAAUGUGGGAUAAUAUACGUGAAAAUCAGAUUUUUCUCCCCUCGAACAUAGAUUCUUGUCGAGGGUAGAUAGUAACACCGCUGGUGUCUUUGAAGACCAAAUUAGCCACAAAUGUUAUUUCAUCUGAAGCAUUACAACAAGUUUCUUUGAAGAUGACUCUUAGGGGGGAACUUUAGAGAGGUCUGUCUGAAUGUGGAUGGGAUGGCUCUCUCCUUUAAUUGUUGCGCUGCGAGUUAACUAACUAUCCAAUGUCUGGGUCAUUACUGCUCUUGUUGUUGUUGUUUUUAAAUCCUUUAUGGGUUUACAUUUUGCUCGUUCAGCAAAUGGACGCCGACAUGCCGAUAAUGUAACCCACACUUAGGAGGUAGCUUGUAGAGAGAAUCGAAAACUCUUCGGAUAUGCAUGGAAUGCAAUCGUUCCACAUUAUAAAAAUGCCACAAAGUGAGUUACAUUGAUGGACUGAUGAAGAAAUAAAACCUGUCUGUCAAUAGAAAUACCGAAGCACUGGCGUAGUACCAGGAAAAGCAGGACCUUCAGUUGCACGCAAGCAAGGAAUUCAACUUUCUGUUUACUGGAAGUCAGAUGACAUGACAGUGAAGAAGAAUAGUCAAGGAGUAGACACAAAAAAUACCUCAUGGAUAAACGACUGAUAACAAGUUUCUGCUGAUUUGUUCCAUUGCUGACAGGGCAUCUCAGUCACAGGUUACGUCCCAAUUGGCCCUAUGGGCCCUGGUCAAAAGUAGUGCACUACAUAGGAAAUAGGGUGCCAUCAGUUUAGCCUUUUAGAAGGCCAUUUGGGACGCAACCAUGGUUUCAGGAAGUUUCCAGAAGAUAACAUGCGGUUGUGGCAAGUAGAAUAACACAUGCAAGUUGCAGGAACAUUCUGUGAACAGUCUUACUUGGAUAACUAGCUGUAUGGUGACUUGUGUAAAGUUGUAGAGGAUUCUCAGGCUAAUUCAACUCGUUUCUGAACAGACACUGCUCAUAGCCCCAGAGAUUCUCUUUAAUUUAAUUAAUGUAUUUUAAUGAAUAUGUCCACCCGUGGGACAUUCCACACUGUACACAUCUUUAAAUGUGGGCAUACUGUACUAAGGAUCUGUGUUGCUCCAUAUUUGACACCACAUAUCAGGACAGGUAGUCAUUAAAAAACGAUUAGAAAACAGACAUGAGGCUGGCAUGGAGGAGUUUGUGUGUAGACUAGAGCAGUACACUGUCAGCCAUUGUUCUCAUGUGCGGUGCGCAUGGUGAAUCAGGUGUAUUGAGAGUGAUAGCAGCCUGAAGGCUGUGUUGUUGAGUUGUGGCCAGGAGCAAUGGACCCCUGAGAGGGUGACAGGAAGCCUGGGGAAGUAUGUAUCAAGGGGCAGUAUUUAUCAAGCGCCUCAGUCGGAGUGCUGAUCUAGGAUUAACUCCCCCCUGUCCAUGUAAUCUUAUUCAUUGUGAUCUAAAAGGCUAAACUGAUCCUAAAUCAGACAUUGGAUACAUACUGCCCUUGAGGUGCUCUCUUCCUCUUCCACCUCCUCUUUCUCCUCCAUGCCUCUCCAGCCCUGUGCACUGAGGUGAAGACUGGCCUUCCUGCCUGCUUCACUCUCAGGGGGGUUGCUAGGGCACUGUGGGUCCUCAACAGAAAACAUCUCAGGCAUUUUUACCGCUCACAUGUUCCAGCUGCCGGCCUGCUCCAAUACGUGCCCCUGUCUCCCCCAGUCUAUUGUCAACCCUGGCUCAAUUAGAAAUCACUUCAAGUCAUUGCGAUACAGCAUGCUGGUGGAGAAACUCUUUCUGGGAAUGGUUAUCUCUCUGCUUUUUCUCUUUUGUGCACUCUGAAGCUGAGACUAGUUAAGUACAAGAAAGAGGAUUUUGACACCAUUUCAGAUUAUUCUGAAAUUGUUAGAAACAUUCACAUUCCUGCGACAUUAUUUUGUUGUAAUAGAAUUUGAUAUCUGCGAAAUGAAGCUAAUUGAUUGCACCCAAAUUGGCAAUUAAAAUGUAUAGGAUUCAUAUAAUAUUCAAUAAAUAUAGUACCUAACAUCCAAUUCAAUAAAUAUAGUACCUAACAUCCAAUUUGGACCAAACAUGUUUCUAACAAUGAGUUAGACAUGAGGAAUCCAAAGAAAUGGUCAAAAGCCACCCACGGACCUCCACACCCCACACCAAUCCCACCCCAACAACGAGUAUAUAAAUAAUAUAAAAUAAAUAAAUAAGUAUAUAGUAUCAGUUCCCUAUGUCUGACGUAGUAUAUAGCUGCAGCUCAGAGUAUUGUUUCUUCAUGCUAUGUAAUGUUUUACCAGUGAAUUUGGUGAAGUUUUUUCUCCUGUUCAGAGAAAUUAGUAAUUGAAGUUGUUAGGUUUUGUCCCAUCCUACAUCCUGAUAUUACCAGGUUCUGACCACUAGAUGGUGCUGUUCCAGGUUAUUUCUUUUUUUUAAAGAACCCCUCCCCCCCCUCAAUGUUAAAGGGAUAGUUCACCCAAAUUGGAUUUGUUGUCCACUGUUUCAAAUACUUUACAAAAUCUUUUUAGCAUUUGUGGCACAAAUCCAAUGCAAGUCAAUGGUACCUAUAUUUCACGCUUCAUGUCUAAAUCAUCCUGAAGUAUCUAAAAUGAUGUUACUUAUAGAUAAUAUGGAUAUGAAGCGUGAAAAUGCUAAUAUAGGGUCGUUCCACCAUUGACUUGCAUUGGAUUUGUGCCACAAAUGCUAAAAAGAUUUUCUAAAGUAUUUGAAACAGUGGACAACAAAUCCAAUUUGGGUGAACUGUAAAACAAAAUCAAAGCAUGGGUUGCUGUCAUACCUUGUCCAUAAACUGGAAACCGAUGUGUCAUUUUGUAAUUUGAGUAAACUAUGCCUUUAACAAUAGUAGGAACAGCACCAUCUAGUGGUCAGAACCUGGCAAUAUCAGGAUGUAGGAUGGGCCAUAAACCUAACAUUUACAUUUUAGUCAUUUAGCAGACGCUGUUAUCCAGAGCGACUUACAGUUAAGUGAGUGCAUACAUUUUCAUACUGGCCCCCUGUGGGAAACGAACCCACAACCCUGGCGUUGCAAACGCCAUGCUCUACCAACUGAGCUACAUCCCUGCAGGCCAUGCCCGCCCCUACCCUGGACGACGCUGGCUAAUUGUGUGCCGGCUACGACAGAGGCUGGAUUCGAACCAGGAUCUCUAGUGGCACAGCUAGCACUGCGAUGCAGUGCCUUAGACCACUGCGCCACUCGGGAGACUAACAACUUCAAUGACACAUUUCUCUGAACACCGGAGAAAAAAAAACAUCACCAAAUUCACUGAGAAUACAUUAUGGGUCAAAACAAUUCGGCUGCACUCAAUAGUUUUCAGAAAUGAGACAAUACAACCAAUUUUUGGAUGCUGGGUGGGAGGCUGGGGUUUGAACAAAAUCCCAUGGUUGCGUCAUACUGUUCAAAAAUUGGCAAACGAUGUUGCAUUUUUGUAAUAUGUAAUAUGAAUCCUAAAAUUAGGAAAGCCAUAUGGUGAACCUGGCAUAUAUCUAGAGAGGAUGGCCAAUUAAACUACAUUUACAUUUUUAGUCAUUUAGCAGACGCUUUACCAGAGCGACUCGUUAAGUGAGGCUAAUUGUUCAUACGGCCCUGUGGGAAACAACCAACAACCUGGCUUGCAAACGCCCAUGCUUACCAACUGGACCUACAUCCUGGGGGGGGCUGGCCCGCCCUACCCACGACGCUGGUAAUGGGUGCGGGCUACGACGAGGUGGAUUCGAACCAGGGCUUCUAGUGGCCACAGUCAGCAGGCUCCAUAGUACUUGUCAGAAAUAGAGAAAUUAUACUGUAUACUUAUUGUUAGGGUGGGAUUGGCGUGGGGUGGGGGGGUCGGUGGGUGGCUUUUGACAAUUUAUUUUGAUUCCUCAUGUCUUGCUCAUUGUUAGAAAAAAGAUUGGUCCAAAUCGGAUGUUGGGCACUAUUUAUUGAAUAUUUUAUAUGAAUCCUAUAAAUUAAAAUGGCCAAUUUGGGUGCAAUACAUUUUAUUAAUUUCUCAGAGAUCAAAUUAUAUUUCAACAAAAUAAUGUUGCAGGAAUGCUAAUCUUAUCUGUUUCUAACUACAGAAAUGAUUUCAGAACAAUCUGAGAUGGUGGGUGUCAUGGCUUGCUGAAAUGACAUGGAACGACUCUCAAGGUCAUUCCACAGGUUGCCAUUGUGUGAGACUGGCUCUAUAUCACACAACUUAAUCACUGUUGGUGACACAGAAAUAUGAUACUCUGUUUACUCCAUGCGAUAAUAACUCACACAAGCGUUUUAAACAGUCAGACAGUUUAACUGGAGCAGUGGUCCCAAAGCAUAAAAACGUCCAAAAAUAUAAAGUGAUAAUACAACAUUUAGACUAAAUUCACCAUCAGAGCAGGUUCUACAAACCUUUUGAUUUCAUGUUGAGGAGUCAUAUUAUUUCAACAUAAUAUUACCCUGAAUAUUUAUAGGGUUGGAUAUAAUAUACCCCCGUUUGUGGUAUGAAGGGAUUAUUCUUAGUGGCUUUUUCUAGUGAAAACAGAAGGCGUGUGAUAGAAAAUGCUGAUUCUGCGAAAGCACUAGGUAGUGGUGAGACAGCCGAGUGAGGAAUGAGAAUAUGAUCUCUCUUAUUGCGGCCAUUAAGCUUGCGAGGUGGGAAAUUAAGGCGCUUAAGAGGACCAUGUGAUACCAAGGCUGUGUCCCAAAUGGCACCCUAUUCCCUAUAUAGUGCACCACUUUUGAUCAGAGCCCUAUGAGUGUCCCUAUGGGCCCUGGUCAAAUGUAUUGCUCUAUAAAGGAGAAUAGGGUGCCUUUUUGGGCCACAGGCCAUGUGUACAAAGAGCAGCGCCUAUUGGCCGGCCAAGAGCGCCACUAUUUUUGCAGCACAUGAGAGUGCCUGCUGUCGUCAGCAAGCCUCAGUGUUACGCGCUGCUCUCCGAAGUGCUUUUCAGCAGGCAAUCAUGUGUGGCGUCACAAGGCCAGCUCAACAAGCCACUGUCCAGUCACAGUGAGAUUGUCACCACAGACAGCCUGCAGCGAAUGUUACCAAAUCUGUGUCUCAAAUGGCACCUUAUUCCCUACAUAGUCUACUACUUUUGACGAGGGCUCUGGUCUAAAGUAGUGCACUAAAGUAGUGACUAUGCUGCAAUUUACUGUGUAUGGAAUUAGGCUGGCAUUUGGGAAGCAGACCAAAUAUCUUUGAAGUGGAAUAGUAAUCCUCAUGUAUGGCGGUUAUUGAACAGAGUAGGCCUAGCCUGGAGCACUAUGCUCCACAGCAGCUAUGCAAGUCAUAGAUGUAAGUGCACACACGUGUCCCAUGCAGCCCAGUGUUUGAGUGCUCUCUCUCAGACAAAGGCCCAUGGAGAAGGCCUGUCUGAAGAGCAGUGUUCAUGUUAUCAAAGAGCCGUUUCAUCAGUUGACUCCACAUAAAGAGGAGAGGCUGUGUUGUGAGUCACCUCAGUUAAAGGGAUAGUUCAGGAUUUUGGUAAAUUAAUGCCCUUUAUCUACUGUACUUUACCAGAGUCAGAUUAACUUGUGGAUACCAUUUUUAUGUAGACAAAGGGCCUCAUUGCCAAAGUCCUGAACUAUCUAUUCCUUCAGCCUGCCCUGUGGGCUGCUGAGCUAAUCUACUUUAUAAUAUCUAACUACAGGCUUCGUCCACAUGAUUCUCCACAAGAUCACUUCCCCAUAAUGAGUCACCUAGCACAGAAGCAGCAAGUCAGCAGCAACACAGGCUACGCUAUCCCACGUUGCAUUUUCCUGUCAAUGAAUGUGUCCCAAAUGGCACCCUAUUCCUAUUACCUAUAUACUGUAGUGCACUACUUUUGACUGGGCGCCAAUAGGGCUCUGGUCAAAAGUAUUGCACUAUAGAGUAUAAGGAAUAGGGUGCCAUUUGGGACACACAAAAUGAAGACCACUGAGGAUAUUGGAGCAUGGCGUUGUCUACCGUAUAGCUACCAGAGGACCUAAAGUCCAUUUGCUUUCUUGACCAGGGUGAUGUCUACUGUACAGGACACCCUGUUGUUGGAAGUCAUGAACUUUUAACCCUUUAGAUUAAACAGAUGCAACUGUCUGCCCCAGUAACUACUUUACAGUUUCUCCAUGUAUAUUAAUACAUACAUUCCCCAUUAGCCCACAUUAACAUCUUGGGUUGUUGCGCUUCCUUUCACUGCUUAACUCAAUUUUUUUUCGACCGGUCUACAAUCGCUCGCGGGCACGAGAGGUGUUAUUCUCCCUCUUUUGUUUGCCACAAUAGGGCUGACUGGAGCAGCACAUAUCUCCCUAACCGGCUGAUAACAACAUCCUGGGUCUUUUCAACAGCAUGGACAGACUUUUGUUUUGUUUGACCUGGCUCACCUGGUCAACAGUGGGCCUGCCUCCACAGCACAAACAUAUCUCCCCUUUCAUCUCAAUGGCUUGGCAAAAUGUUUCCUUUAGUAUCAAGCUAUUUUCUAUCUCAGUGGAUGGAUGUUUUCUCUGCUUUUAUAGUUAGUAAUACUGACGAUACUUCAGGAUUGUGUUCAGUCGGGAGAAAAUCAUUUUUUGUUGUUUUCUGUUGCAAAAUGUUUUGCGAUGGUGUACCCUACUUCAAGUUAGGGUACAUUUUAAUCCGACUUUGUAACGCAACAAAAUGUGGAAAAGGUCAAGGGGGUUGAAUAUUUUCCGAAGGCACUGUACGUCUUCAACUUGGUUAAAUAGUUAGCAACAGCCGAAACUAGUCCACCUUAUUAGCCAUUAUGAAACAAGCUGCAGUUUAUUAACAUAACAAAAGUAAGAAAAGCAACUGUGCAGUAAACGUUUCCACUAUCUUUUUACUGGCUUAAAACAAACAUCAGCAUAAAAUAUUUACAGAGAAAAUUGCAUAAUUAUCAGCUAACGCACUGGAAUAUAUCUUGGGGAAAAAAAACUUUUCUCACAGGCACUGUUUGUAGAAAUCAUAUCAAAGGACAAAAGGAGGUAUGUUGUGUUCUGAAACCGAGGCACCUCAUAAAUUAUUGUGUUGAAGUGUCCUGAACAUACUGUGUGACUUGCAUUCCUAUACAGUAUUAGGCUACAUUGAGCAUUGUUGGUAUAAAAAUGGCUACAUUCCUACACUGUAUUACAUUGGGCAAUGUUAAUAAACAAAUUACUGUGUACUGUUCACCCUAUGCUUUUGGGAAGGUUGGUAUUUUUUUGUGGACGUCAGACAGCAAGGGAUAACUAAGGGAUAGUUAGUACAGAAAGCUGGCACUUGGCCUAAGGGCUCUGUGUAUGGACAGAGUUUGCAUCCAAAAUGGCACCUUAUUUCCUAUGUAGUGCACUACUUUUGGCCAGGGCCCAUGAGGCUCUGAUCAAAGGUAGUACACUAUAGGGAAUAGGGUGCCAUUUGGGACGCACCCAAAGCCAACGAGAGAGAACUAGUGUGUGACUCAGAGGCUCAUGCUGAAUAUUUGGGUACUCUAAAGGUGUGUGUAUGACAGAAUGUUGUCAAGGUGGAAUUCUGAAAUCUAAAAUGCUGUUUGUCUCGUCUUUUUCAAGAGAACUACUCGGUCAGUGGGCCCGAGGGAGUGAAGACCGAGUCGGUGGCCAGCCUACAGCCCCAGGCCUCCCAGAGCUCCAUCCAUUCAAGCUCUCCGGGACCGAAGCGCUCGGGUAACACCCUGAAGAAGUGGCUGACCAGCCCUGUGCGCCGCCUCAGCCACGGCAGCAGCAUCAAGAAAUUACCCAACAAACACAAGAAAAGGGACGGCCACAAGAGCAUCGACCUGGGGCCGCCAGAGAGCGCCCUGCACGGCGAGAGCAUAGAUGAGGUAACGAGCGUUCUGACUCCUCUCCACCAGCGUUUCUCUCUCUCUCUCUCUCUCCCUCCCCCCUCUCUCUCUCCCUCCCCCCUCUCUCUCGCUUCUCUCUUUCCACCUCUCUCGCAGGACGAGAGCGUAGACGAGGUAACAAUCACCUUCUCUUCUGCGUCCUCUUCAGCCUCCUCUCUCUCUCUCUUUUCACUCUCUCUCCAUCCAGCGCGUCUCUGUACAUACAGUAAUUGGUUACAGGGACCGCUUAUGGUGGACUUGUGCUUCUUUCAGGCUGUUUUAGUUUUACAAAGGGUUAAGUGAAUGGAUCGAAUUUAGAGGUACAGUUCAGGCAACACCAGUUUAACCCAUUGUUAUCCAAACCAAUGGGAUUCUCCUCUAGAUCAGACUGUUCUCUUGAACCUGCAGGAAAAUGUUAAUUACAAGGAUUGCUUAUCUAAAGCGUUCAGAAUCUCUAGACCCUCCCAUUUAUGGAGGAGCAGUUUCCCAAGGAUACAGUAUGAGCUGUUAUCUUAUGACAUCCUAGCCCAAUAACCAUGGGACCAUUCUACAGGGUGCAUGUGCAAUGUUGGUUUAAUCACAAGUCAUGAACUAUGGGCAUCACAGUGUAGUACUAGUGUAUAUCUUCCCAUUUAAUUGAUGGAUAGCAGUGCAAUGUUGUGCUGGACUGUAGCCACUGUUGCAUGUAAAUGCUUUAGAUGCCUCCCAGAAGGAUAGAAAAGUGAGAAAAAUGCAUAUUCACCAUUUGUUAUUAGACAGCUACAGUAUAAUUUCACAGUAACAGAAAAGUAGAUUCCUUGUUCUCUCUUCAAGCACAGCCCCAUGAUAAAAAAGCCUAAAGGAAUGGUCACAGAAGUGUCCCACAUGAUUUGGUCCCGCCGAUCAGUGCGACUGUGAUAGGUUUGCGUGCCUAAUGGCAACCUAUUCUCUAUAAUUGUGCAGUGCACUAUAAUAGGGAAUAGGGUGCCAAAUGGGACGCACCCCUGCAGUGACUUCCUACUGGCUGGCUGGUGGCUGUGUGGCUCCCAGUGUGAUUCUGAGACAGAGAGGCACUGUGGUGGAGCAGGGCACCCCUGUGAACCCCGGGACAAUGGCCCACAUUAACUCCUCCUACUCCCCCCCCCCUUGACUCUAUCCUUUCUCUCCCUACAGCGGGGCAGAAAGGAGGGCACCCUGUCCAAGUCCUCCUCUGGAAUGCAGAGUGGAGGAGAGGAGGAGCCUGAGGACGACUCGCACACCCCCCUGCCACCCCCCAUGGAGAUCAUCAAGGACCCCUCAUCCCAGGAGGAGAAGGUAUGACACUGCACCCUCUCUCUCUGACACUGUAGUACCUCUUCUACCCUAGCUCACUCUGGAGUAACUUCUAGAUGCGGCCAAAAUGGCACCCUGUUAUGCUCUGGUCAAAAGUAUUGCACUAUGUAGGGAAUAGGGUGCCCUUUGGAACUCAGCCUUAGCAACAACAACCAAAUACAACAAAAACAUUUAAAAAGGAACUCAGCCUUAGCAUGUCUUCCCUUCGAUUAAUGGACUUGUGUUCAAGAACCUUAUUGUCGCAGACAAUCUGUUAUGUCACUCAGCACAGGCUCAUAAGACGUGUCCACCUGCAGCCCCCUCCCCUCUGCUGCCUAUAUGUACAGUACAACACUAUGCCACAAACUACCAGAUGUGUCUACAGCGGAGUCUGUGUCUGCUGUGCCCUGAUGAAUGUGAGGCAUUAUGUGCACUGGCUUGGUUUACAGCUGGAAGAGCUGCUACACUGUUUGUGACCUGACUAACUAACACACUGUUGCACUGUUUCACUUUCACUCUCGCACUUGACUCUAUAUACAAGAUCACACCACACUGUCUGUGUCUCGAAUGGCACCCUAUUCCCUUUGUAGUGCACUGCUUUUGACCAAGAGCUCUGGUCAAAACUAGGGCACUAUAAUUUGGGACACACACUUUGACCCCUAAUUGUCUCUGGCCUACUACUAACUGAUGUAGCUUGUGUAUAAUUCCACAACCACCUCACAUUGCUCCACUAAAGUUUGCAUUUUGUAGCUACUCAAAGGUCCAGACUAAUAACUACCUUUGUCUCCCUGUCCCUGUUCCGUUUCUCCUCCUCCCUGCUGCUAACACGCCCUCCCUCCUUCCCUUCCUCCCAAACCGUGCCUUACAGUCCUCCGCAUUGCUUACUGCUCGUCAGGGCUCUGCCGAUGUCCCCAGCGCUGCGGAGCUUGUCAGUGCAAUAGAAAAGUUGGUCAAAACUAAGAUGGUAAGUGCAAAGGUGAAUGCAAUACAAAAUGGCAUUGAGCAAUUGUCAUUUCUACGCUGUCUUUGCACACUGCUAACAGUCGGUGACUAUCUUUUAACCAUCUCUAAGUUAACCCUCUCUUCCUCUUGACGUUAUCUACUCGUUCCAACUUCCGCUUCUCAAAGGCCACUAGCCAACCAUGUCAUGCUGACUGGGAGCCACCAUUUUGAGAUGUUCAUCAGAUGUUCAUGUUAUCAUGCAGGACAGUUAACACAUAGCUUCCUUUCUCAAUGUGGAUGAUAGAACACAGACCACGUCUCAAAUGGCACCAUAUUCCCUGUCUAGUGCACUACUUUUGACCAGAGUCUGGUCAAAGGUAGUGCACUACAUAGAGAAUAGGGUGCCAUUUGGGACUCAGACACAACCUCUCUUGUCACGUACAGAUAAAAUAAAACAGAUGAAGUAGAAUGGCGUCAGGUGAGAAAUCGUGUGAUACGUUUCCAAGCAUCUAAUGCACAGUAGCUUCCUUGUGAAUGUUUGUUAAUUUGACAAUGCUUUGAUCAACUCUCUUUCAGCUUUGUACACGUGGAGCCAUUUCCAAAAGAGUACAUUACAAUCGAACAGUGUUUUUGAGAUGCAUAGAUUUAUUAUGUGGUUCAUUGAAGCAGAGUGAUCUGAAGCAGAGUGAUCUCCUCAUCAGUUCCCUCUCCCUGUUUCACAGCACUGGACUGUAUGACUGUAACCUCUGACCUCUGAGCCCUGGCUUCAUGUCCUCUCUCUCUUCUACCCUUGUCAGAAUCUGGAGCCAGGUGCCUAUCCCAGCUUCACCACUUUGACUCCUCCAGAGCAGACCAGCCCAGCCCUGCCCAGGAACCCUGAACUGGAGCAGAAGGCCAAAGCUCUGCGUGGACGCAUGUACGAGACAUGUAGCUAAACCUCUGGCUGAGUCCCAAUUCUCCGCCAUUCUCACGAAGUGUGCAUUUGCGCACUCCCCAUCAUGGAUUUAACAAUGGUGGAUUACACCAAUCCAAUGUUUUUAAGUCCAUGAAGGGGAGUGUUCAAGUGCACACUUCGAGAGAAGGUUGGAGAAUGUGGCACACAAACAAGGGCCCUUGGCUCUCUUGAAACUCCCAAGUUAAAGUCCCUUUGUUUGUAACAUUACUGCAUUUAGAGGUGGUUCAUUCUGCAGAGAAAUGCUGCCUCCUGUGUGUAUUCAGGUCACUGAACACACUUGUCCUUUUCCUCAGGUUUGUCCUCAAUGAGCUGGUACAGACGGAGAAGGACUAUGUCAAGGAUUUGGGGAUUGUAGUGGAGGUGAGUUGACAACAAUCUCAUCCUAGUAGGGGACUAUUCAGCCUCAAUAUUGCGGAAGGAGCAUGAGAGAGAGGUAACAGUGGUGUCCUAGUAACACUGGAGAAUGUGACCAGUCACUGCUCUAGUUUUAGAACUCAUAAAUCUCCAAGGCUUGCGUCCCAAAUGGCACACCAUUCCCUAUUUAGUGCACUACUUUUGACCAGAGCCCUAUGUGCCAUUAUAUAGGGAUUAGGGUGCCAUUUGGGAUGCAACCAAGUGUUUUGUGUUGGAAUAGCAGCGAGGCUGUGCCCUUGUUGUCGUCCUAUUUGCAUUGUGUCCUUCGGUAUUUAUGUCAAAGUCACAGAGAAGCUCUCUGACUUAUGACCAUAUUUAUGUACAGUACAGAAAACAUAAUUUGAGUAUGGUUUUGUCUUACAUGGUGAGAUAAGUGCAUAGGGGUUUUCUCAUGUCCAGGGUUGCGUCCCAAAUGACACCAUAUUCCCUAUAUAGUGCACUAUAGGCCCUGGUUAAAUGUAGUGCACUAAAUACGGAAUAUGGUGCCAUUUGGGAUGCAGUCCAUGAAUUCAACCAUAUGUAGUAAUCCUAUUCUCUUUUUCCACCGCAUGAUAGUUUUACAAUGCUGAUUAUUAUCGGACUCUCAUGUUUCCUGUGACGAGUCAUAUCAAGUCCACGACCUAAAUUCGGUCUGAUGUUUUUUUCCCUUGUAGGAGUUCAUGAAGAAGAUGGAGGAGAAGGGAGUCCCUGAAGAUAUGAAAGGAAAAGACAAAAUCGUUUUUGGGAAUAUUCACCAGAUUUACGACUGGCACAGAGAGUAAGUCGUUUUCCAGUCUGCUGAUUGUGUCUGUGUGCAAAAUGGCACCCUAUUCCCUACGUAGUGCACUACUUUUGACCACAAUGUGACUCUGUUGCUAUCAAUUGAUCAAAUCACUUUUUGUAAAGGAGAAUAUGUAUAAUUAAAUCGAGGGUUCAUAUAAAUUAUCAUAAUAUAACAUAUUUGGUAGCGGAAUAACAUUUGGGGAAAUCGGGUCUAGACUUUAUUUCCUUAUCAUUGUUAUUAUUAUUAUUAUUAUUAUUGUCAUUAAAUUGUCUGCCGAAAAUAUGUCAUGAGUCUUCUUAAGCUAUGUAGAAUUUGCGUGAAAUGAGCUUCAAAACAACAACAUUUUCCUAGGUCCCUCAUUAAACAAAAUCUAGCUGGUGUUGUAUUUAAUAUAGGCCAUCUCUGUAAACAAUCAUCAAUAAAAAAUCAAAAGGGGGGGGGUUCAAAUGUGAAAAGGGUAGCCCUGGGGAAAAAAGGUUGGGAACCCCUGGUAGAAGACCAAACUUGGGCACUCCUCAUGAAGUAGAAUAUAGCACUAUUUUGGCUUGCCUUAUUGCCCUACACAGUGAUUGAGAGAAUGUUUCCUCCCACAGUUUUUUUGUCGGUGAGCUGGAGAAAUGUCUUGAAGACAGCGAACACCUUCCUGAGCUUUUCAUAAAACAUGUACGUGACUUGUGUCCCAUUUGUUGUUUGGAUGUAGUGGUGUAAGAACAUGUUUUAUUGUACAUGAUGAUGAGAUGCUGGGUGUUGUAGAACAUCAAGUUAGACACAUUUAACAACCAUGGGUGACAACCAAAACAUUUAACAACCAUGGGUGACAACCAAAACAUUUAACAACCAUAGGUGACUUACUGAGGUUAAAAUAAUUAUUCCGACAUUUUCAACCAUAGAACUGGAAAAUAAAUGAGCGGAAAGAUACUAAUACUGUGCUCCUUUUGUACAGGAGAGGCGACUACACAUGUAUGUGGUUUACUGCCAGAACAAGCCCAAGUCUGAAUUCAUCGUCGCUGAGUAUGACACAUUCUUCGAGGUGAGCUAUACCACACUUAUGAGAAUUCUUGCGCAGUCUGAGAACAGCUUUGCAUAAGAAUAUUUUAUUGCGUUAUAAAUAAGCCUAAUGCUAAUUGCAUAUAAUUCUACUUUAGGGCGUACAGCAAGAGAUCAGUUCAAGACUGGGCAUAAGUGACUUUCUCAUAAAGCCAAUUCAGAGAAUUACCAAGUAUCAGCUACUUCUAAAGGUAAGGCUAAAAUGUUCAACUCCAGCAUACAAGGAACCCUGUAAUAUGCAAGUCUUAGAUAUACUGUAUUUACACAAAAUCUUUUUUUAAAAAUUAUUGAUGCCCUAUUAAUUACUUAACUCUUUUUUUUUUCAGGACUUCUUGAAGUAUAGUUCCAAAGCAGGACUAGAUUGCCAAGAGAUGGAGGUAACAGAAACGAUUUGCAAUUAAAGCUAUAUAGUAUGUGUUGUAUCUUGUAUAGGGUUUCCCAAAAUACCUGUUUUUUCUGAAAUCCCCUUGGGAAAGUUACUGGAAUUUUGUAACCUUGUUGUAUUGUGUAUCCAUCAUCAUGGCUAUAUCUACUUCAAUGCUCACACCAUUCUUAAUGUGUUUUACAGAAAGCAGUUGGUUUAAUGUCCCAGGUCCCCAAGCUGUGCAAUGACAUGAUGAAUCUUGGCAGACUACAAGGCUACGAGGUACUGUACAUUUCAUGUCAUGUACAGUGGGGGAAAAAAGUAUUUAGUCAGCCACCAAUUGUGCAAGUUCUCCCACUUAAAAAGAUGAGAGAGGCCUGUAAUUUUCAUCAUAGGUACACGUCAACUAUGACAGACAAAAUGAGAAUUUCUUUUCCAGAAAAUCACAUUGUAGGAUUUGUAAUGAAUUUAUUUGCAAAUUAUGGUGGAAAAUAAGUAUUUAGUCAAUAACAAAAGUUUCUCAAUACUUUGUUAUAUACCCUUUGUUGGCAAUGACACAGGUCAAACGUUUUCUGUAAGUCUUCACAAGGUUUUCACACACUGUUGCUGGUAUUUUGGCCCAUUCCUCCAUGCAGAUCUCCUCUAGAGCAGUGAUGUUUUGGGGCUGUCGCUGGGCAACACAGACUUUCAACUCCCUCCAAAGAUUUUCUAUGGGGUUGAGAUCUGGAGACUGGCUAGGCCACUCCAGGACCUUGAAAUGCUUCUUACGAAGCCACUCCUUCGUUGCCCGGGCGGUGUGUUUGGGAUCAUUGUCGUGCUGAAAGACCCAGCCACGUUUCAUCUUCAAUGCCCUUGCUGAUGGAAGGAGGUUUUCACUCAAAAUCUCACGAUACAUGGCCCCAUUCAUUCUUUCCUUUACACGGAUCAGUUGUCCUGGUCCCUUUGCAGAAAAAACAGCCCCAAAGCAUGAUGUUUCCACCCCCAUGCUUCACAGUAGGUAUGGUGUUCUUUGGAUGCAACUCAGCAUUCUUUGUCCUCCAAACACGACGAGUUGAGUUUUUACCAAAAAGUUCUAUUUUGGUUUCAUCUGACCAUAUGACAUUCUCCCAAUCCUCUUCUGGAUCAUCCAAAUGCACUCUAGCAAACUUCAGACGGGCCUGGACAUGUACUGGCUUAAGCAGGGGGACACGUCUGGCACUGCAGGAUUUGAGUCCCUGGCGGCGUAGUGUGUUACUGAUGGUAGGCUUUGUUACUUUGGUCCCAGCUCUCUGCAGGUCAUUCACUAGGUCCCCCCGUGUGGUUCUGGGAUAUUUGCUCACCGUUCUUGUGAUCAUUUUGACCCCAUGGGGUGAGAUCUUGCGUGGAGCCCCAGAUCGAGGGAGAUUAUCAGUGGUCUUGUAUGUCUUCCAUUUCCUAAUAAUUGCUCCCACAGUUGAUUUCUUCAAACCAAGCUGCUUACCUAUUGCAGACUCAGUCUUCCCAGCCUGGUGCAGGUCUACAAUUUUGUUUCUGGUGUCCUUUGACAGCUCUUUGGUCUUGGCCAUAGUGGAGUUUGGAGUGUGACUGUUUGAGGUUGUGGACAGGUGUCUUUUAUACUGAUAACAAGUUCAAACAGGUGCCAUUAAUACAGGUAACGAGUGGAGGACAGAGGAGCCUCUUAAAGAAGAAGUUACAGGUCUGUGAGAGCCAGAAAUCUUGCUUGUUUGUAGGUGACCAAAUACUUAUUUUCCACCAUAAUUUGCAAAUAAAUUCAUUAAAAAUCCUACAAUGUGAUUUUCUGGAAAAAAAAAUCUCAAUUUGUCUGUCAUAGUUGACGUGUACCUAUGAUGAAAAUUACAAGCCUCUCUCAUAUUUUUAAGUGGGAGAACUUGCACAAUUGGUGGCUGACUAAAUACUUUUUUUCCCCACUGUAUUUAUUUAGCCAGGAUAUUCCACUCAGUAACAAUUGCCUCUGUUAUGUCAUACGUGUACAGGAAGUUAGUGCCAAGAUCAGCUGUGAUUUUAGGAUUGUUUCAAUCCAUGCUCAGCUUGUGAAAAAUUAGAAAAAUUUACUCAUGAAGCUGUAUUAGCUAUAUUAUUAACUCAAACAGGUCAUGGCUUAGAGAGUCUUAAUGUUUGUUCCUCCAUAGCCGUAGUAAAAGUCACUUUGACGACACUCAGACUAAAUGAAAUCUCUGACCUCUAAGAUAAGCAAAGAUUUGCCUUGCCUGAUGUAACAGUGGGGAGAUUAAAGCACUUUUUGACAAUGGCCUGGGCUACGUCCCAGAUGGCACCCUAUUCCCUAUAUAGUGCACUACUUUUGACCAGAGCCCUAUGGGUGCCAUUUGAUGGGUGCAAUUUGAGAUGCAACCCGUGGUUUCAGACCAAGCAUAUGUGUCUGCUGUUAGCUUUAUGACCUGGUGAGGAGAGAAGGGCUGAUGGACUGUGUAAUACCCCUGUGUUGACAGACAGACUGGGGGAUGGCUGACUCUGCUUUAUUCUCCAGCGUUGAUAGACGUUGAGACGUAACUGAUCCAGUGUGUGUUUGCGUGUGUCUGUCCGUGUUUGUGUGUGUUCCUGUUCCGCCCCCCAGGGUAAGCUCACCAGCCAGGGUAAGCUGCUGCAGCAGGAGACGUUCUUUGUGACAGAGCAGGACACAGGCGUGCUGUCGCGCAGCAAGGAGCGCAGGGUCUUCUGUUUGAGCAGAUUGUCAUCUUCAGCGAGCUCCUCCGCAAGGGCUCGUCCACGCCGGGCUACCAGUUCAAGAAGAGCAUCAAGGUGAAUUACGUCAACCACGACCACAAUCAAUAACAUCAGGGCCCACAUUUACAAACCGUCUCAGAGUGCUGAUCUAGGAACAGGUCCACCCUCUUAUUCAUUAUGAUUAAAAGGCCAAACUGGUCCUAGAUCAGUACCUUCUCCUAAUAGAGCUGUCCCGGAAACAAUUUCCUAUUUCCUACUUUUGCGUUGAUAAUGAUUUGUGCAUUGAUGGGUUAGCAUGCUUGUUUCAUUGUAACAGGUGAGCUACCUGGGCUUGGAGGAGCACGUGGACAACGACCCUUGUAAGUUUGUGCUGUCGUGUCGAGGCUCGGCCGAGCGCUUCACCCUGCAGGCAGCCAACCUGGACAUCAAGCAGGUGUGGGUCCAACAUGUCAGCCAGGUCCUGGAUGCCCAGAGCAACUUCCUGUCUGGUGAGAGAACGUCCUGCUUGACAAACACGUCUACUGUCAUUAGCUAGCUCUAAGGUUGCAAGAUUCCAGUAAUUUUCCCAAGAUUCCCAGAAGAAUUUCAAGAAAUCCUAGUAGGAGGAUUCCAGAUUUUAUGCUCAUUCGCUCCUGAUUCAGGUAAUCUUCCAACCAAGAUUUCUGGAAAACCUGGAAAAUUUAGAAAAUGUACUGGAAUUGUGCAAUCCUAGCUAGAUCAAAACCUGUUUAAUCAUAACUACAGCCUCAACACAGAGUAAUACUAUGCUAUGUUCACCUCUAUCAUGGUCCUCAUCUGUCUAACACAGAAUACACAGAUAUUAUGUGGCUUAUCUGUCAUUGACUAGUGUGUGUAACAAUGAACCAUCUCCACAGCCCUGCAGUCUCCUAUUGAGUACCAGAAGGAGAAGGGUAGUUCUCACUCCCUCACCAGAAACCCGUCCGGCAGCCGGCCUCCUAGUUCCAACAGUAGGCCCCUCUCCACCUCCUCUGUGGGGGCAGAGAAGCCCCCCCUGGUGGGACCGGGAAGGACCCCCACCCCUCUCGAGCUAUCUACUUCCAACGGUAGCGCCUGCUUCGACCCCACGAAACACAGUGAAAGCUACGACUCCACCAGCGUGAGUCCAGUCCAGUCUGGUUUAAUCUAGUCCAGAUCACUCCAGUCUAGUCUAGUCCAGUUCUGUCCAAAGCCAAUUGCCAGGACACACCCAGGUCGUAGUGUUACAUUAGUUCUGAUGGCUGGCCUAGUUUUACCGCAUUUCAACAGGAGACGUUGUGUUCGAACUUGCUGACAAGAAGAACUGAAGUCAGAGUUAAGGAAUUGAGUCAAUGUACUGUACUGUAUGUGAUGACUCAGACCCUUUUGAAAGGAUCGUUAUUUGAAUGUGCAUACAGGUUUGAAUCAGUGUUGUGAUUACCACUGUCAUAAUAUAAUUAUCUUCCUUCCUGUACCUCCACACCCCUCCCCAUCCCCUCCCCAGCAGCAUGACAGCGUUGGAUGUAACGGCAUGUCCUCCACCAUGAUGGUGACCCAGGACUACAGUGCACUGAAGGAGAAUGAGAUCUGUGUGAUCCAGGGCGAGAUGGUGCAGAUCAUGGCCACCAACCAGCAGAACAUGUACCUAGUUUACCGGCCCGCCAACAGCCAGUCUCCUGCAGCCGAGGGCUGGAUCCCAGGCCACAUCCUGGGCCCCCUCACUAAAACGCUCAAAGACAGUGCUGCUGACGCAAGCAUCAAGUAAGUGUCCCGUAAGCCCUGCCCCCACACCCACGGAGCUGCUCUGAUUGGAUGAGGUGAAAGUUGAGUCUGCUCCAAUCCCUACCCCCAACCCCCUUUAUGGGAACUAACUCGGAAAUGUUGGACUACACAGGGGUCAUGUUUUCUCCCUAUUUUCUGUUAAUAUAUGUAAAGACUUAUUAAAUAAUUCUCUGAAAAGAGUUAGGACUGUAGAGAAGACGCACAGAGAAAAUCUUACAUCAAUGUGGAAAUGACUGGUCUGGACUUUUAUUUCUGUUUCUAACACCGUUUUUUUCUUUGCACGUUUUGAAAAAAAAAAAGAAAGGCCUGAUGAUGGACUGAGGCCUAUUUCUCCAAGUGGAGAAAGUUUAUGUUAUUGUCUAUGGCAAUUUGUACAGGUUGUGUUUUUAGUUUAUUUUUAGAACAUUUCUGGGUUUUGUUUGUUUUUGUUUUGUUUUAUUAUUAUCAGAUAUGUUGGCAGUUUACUGUAAACGUUAAUUUGGUUUAUUUACUGAUUCGCUCUCCAGUACAUUCCUGUAUAAAGUAUUUUGCACUAUUUAAGAGAAUCCAUUAUUAAUGAAGUCAGGUUGUGCAAUAUAAUGAGAGUCACAAUGUUCAUCAUUGUACUUGUAGUGUAACUAAUCAUUUAAAAUGCAUUUUAAAUAUGUAAAAUACAAUUUUGACAUAAGCAUGAGUUUGCAAGGCAACAUCUAAGUUGAACUUGUUUGCAUUAGAAGAACAUCAGUGACAUUGUUAAUAUUGGUAAAUACUACAACUCUGCAGUCAAACUGCACUUUUCUCUGCUGACCAUUGCUCUUACAGCAUUAGACCUAGAUUCCAUUCUUAUCUCACAUUGAGGUUAAAAUGAAUAGUAAAAUCAGUUAAACCAGUUAUUUUAUAAUGUUGAAUUCAAUUUGUAAAGAUCUUUAUCAAGUUUAAUUGUGGCUUGCCAUCCAUUUCCUCCCAAUGAUGGACCAUUUCUAAAUCGUGGUCUUUAUUAAAGUGAUCAUCAUUCUCAUGGACAUGUCCUGGUGGUGUAUAAAUACAUUCACAAAACACAAACACCACUUCUGGGAUCUACAUACAGGAGUGAAGAGGUUAGGAGUUUUUCAACAGCACUUUAUGCACUUUCUAUAUGAUUUGUUUAUUUUUACCCGUUUUGUUGACGUAGUCUGGUUAUUAUAGUAGACAACUUAUUUUAAUUUUCUACUAACCACACCGGUCCUCGACAAAAGUUGGUUGUGUACAAAGCAGCAUCAUUGAAAAUCUCAUGACAAAUUAGAGCCAUUGAAUGGUUGGUCAGACCUCAUAUGUUCAACCAACUUUGCUGCUUUAACACAAAUUGUCUGUCCACUAUGGUGUAAGAGAAUCAAGGUAUGGUAGCGUAUGGAGAAGUCACAUUUUACAUAGCUUCUCCAUCUUGUGUGUUUAAAUUUCUAAUACAAAGGUGAUACAAACAUGAACAUUUGCUUUUCUAUUUGGAAAAUUCUGUUCCAAAGGAGGUACAUUUGUCUCUCUUUCUUUCGCUUUCUCUUGAUCUCAAUCUCACUCUUUGAUUUUCUUUCCUUUCAAUAAAGUUGGCUAGCCCCACUCAAUCCCCCCUGCACCUCCUCUCCCCUCACUGUGAAUAAGCCUGGAUUUGACUGGUACAUUUCUUGGCACAACAGGAAAUCUCUUUCAUGGAAUACCCUGCGCUCAAGAAAGCGGGCAGAAAAGGAUAUCAGUGGCAAGGGUGGUGAUGCAAAGGUUGAGAAUGGACUCCGUAAGCCCAAGGAGAUUCUCAGCACCAAGGUCACUGUCGAAGUGAGUAAGCGGGCUAAUGGCGGAGAUGGAGUUCUGUGA